CUUCGAUUUAGAAAGGUUGACAGAAUAGUCGAAGCAGUUUUGAAAGUUUUACAUUUUUGGAUCUUGUUCCUUGCAAAAUGAGUCGAGCGACGAGAAACACUAUAAAGACUUAUGGUAGACACAGACAAAGGAUCAUAGCGGCAGACAUUUGGAGUUCUGACGAUGAGAAAAAAACAGAUCUUGGUGCUGGUGUUUUUAGCAGCAGCAGCUCUCAUGGGUCGAGUCUGGAUUUCUCAAACCAGGACACGACAAAUGACAGCUUGUUUAGUGGACCCAUAACAAGAAGCACAAAGAAACCCUUGAGAGGAUAUAACAAGGAGAAUGGUGGACGUGUCACUAACAAGAGACUGCUCCAGAAGAAGCUGGGAUCCGAAGGGGAUAGCUGCUCCAGUACAGGAAGUGACAGCCUCUUCCAGUCAUGCCGACCAAGGAGAGCCCUAAAAGACAGGAACUACAAGGAGGAUCCUGGGGAGGACAAACCCAAAUACGGAGGCAAACGAAAGCGUGCUCCCAAAACGGAGCAACUGCAGGCCAAUCUGAAGUCGGACUCCCUGUCUUCUGUGACAAACUUCAGCGAGUUUGAUGACUAUAGUCUUGUGAUAUCAGGGUCUCCCCCUCAGAAUAACAGUCAACUCAAGAAUGGUGGAAUAUUUUCCCCGCAUUUUUUAAGAAGUAAAAGUAAAAUAGAAACUAGUACCCCAUGUGCCAAGCGGACAUGUUCAGCAAACGACAUUAAUAAUUUGUCAGUGAUUGACCAUGUGGAUGAAGAUGUGCCAUUGUCACCCUCUGUUCAUAUAGACCAAAGCUCGUACGCUCAAGAAAGUGUUUCAAAAGUGCCUUCGUGUAAUAAUAUAUCAGAUUCCAGCAAUAUCAGUAAAUCUUUGUUAAAGAAUUCCAAGAACGAAAGUCCCCUGAAUCCGUGUAUGGUACAACUGGAGAAAUUAAGACAGAGUUUUCUCUCUAUGCAUGUGUCUCAUCGAACCUCCAAACGCUCUAAUUUUAAUCACUCAGAUAGUCUGUUUAGCAGCUUUGACGAGAAAAAUUCUUUAAAGUGUGUGACUGCGGAAUCAAACUUAGAGGGUUCAGAUUCUGAAGAAAACGAUGAAAGUGACAAUGAUUCGGAAGAAGAAGAGGAUACAGAAGAGAAUUCUGAUGAGGAUUUAAGUAAGAUAAGUGAAGAAGAUAAUGAUGAAGAAGGUACGGAAAACAGUGAAGAAGAGGAGCAGGAAGAAGAAGGGGAAGAUGAAAGAAACGUAACAAAGUUCAUGCUGGCCAGCUCUGAAGAAGACAACUUCUAUACAGCUCACUCAUCUCUAUCUUCCAGUGGAGGUCCUGAUCAGCCAAUCAGUGAAGAGGAUUUUGAUAUUUCAACCAGUGAGAAGUGUCCUAACAUGUCAAUUGAUGGGGGCGGUCCUGAGGUGUCAAUCAACAAAAGUCUGCUCAACAGAUCCCACUUUGAUAUCUUGACACCACAGAGGAAAAAGAGUCUAACUCCAACCUCCCCGCGCUCCAAAGUUUUGGAAGUGUGCCAACAGAAGGGAGUAGAAACAUUUCAAUCCUGUAUAAGUAGCACUAUGAUGAAACAAUGCAAAAAAGUCGGGGAAGGCGUUUAUGGAGAGGUUUUCCGGACGAAAAGGGGAAAUAACUCUGUAGCCCUAAAGGUGAUUCCAGUGGAGGGGGAUUUUGAGGUCAAUGAUGAGAAACAGAAAUCAUUUGCUGAGAUUUUACCAGAAAUUGUUAUUUCUGUAGAAUUGAGUUUGCUCAGAGAAAAUGAUAUGUGCUACACACAGAACUUCUGUGAAGUCCAAAGGGUUUCAUGUGUAAAAGGAAGAUAUCCAACUAAGCUUUUAAGUGAAUGGAAUACAUUUCACGAAGAGAAGGGUUCAGAAAAUGAUAAUCCAGAUAUGUUUAAGGAAGAUCAGCUAUUUAUUAUGUUUGAGUUUGCUGAUGGAGGGAAGGACCUAGAGGCUGCUCAGUUCAACAAUAUCUUUGAGGCGAGGAGUGUGUUUGAACAGGUGACGUUUUCCCUGGCGGUCGCCGAGGAAGCUCUUCAGUUUGAACACAGAGAUCUUCACUGGGGAAAUGUAUUGGUCAAGAAAACAGGGGUCAAAGUUCACAAGUAUGUUGUGCUGGGACAGACAUUCCAAGUAGAAUCACAUGGAGUCCAUGUCAGCAUAAUAGAUUUUACCUUGUCUAGGCUUGAUAAAGAUGGGUGCACUAUCUUCACCGAUCUCUCAACAGAUGAGAGCUUAUUUGAAGGCACAGGAGAUUAUCAAUUUGACAUUUACAGGAAAAUGAGGGAGCUUAACAAAAAUGACUGGAAGACUUUUCAUGCCCAGACCAAUGUGUUCUGGCUUCAUUAUUUAGCAGAUAAACUCAUCCGAGGGAAACGUUACAAACGAAAUACAAAGAAGGACCAGGCUCUUCUCAGAAGCUUCAGGAACUUUUCCAAAGACAUGUUAGAUUACACUAGUGCAUGUGAUAUGAUUGUCUCAGCAGAUUUCUUUUCAUCAUGACUUCCUAGAGUUUCUGAAGAAAAUUAUUGAAAAUGGCAGCAUCAACUUUUAUUAAUUAAACUGUUUUAAGAUGAAGAUGCGUCGUAUUUAUCUGAGGUUUUAUCUUUUUAAAAUUGAAUGGAGAAUUUUAUUGUAUUUUUUUUUAACUCUCAGUUGUAUAUGAAUAAACAUCUCUCUUUGUCAAGGUUUUGUGUUAAAGUUCCUCUACCCAAACCUUGACAAAAGUCAAUAUUUAAAAGUUGGGUUUAUGGUUACACACAUAAUGCAAUGGUAAAUUAUAAACCAACCAUUGAGAAUACAUAUAAGUGGAAUUUUUAGGGAGGAUUUAAUUUUGGCAUUAUAAGCGAGGGUGUUGACAUCGCUAAAAUUGAAUAUCGCUAAAAAUUGAUUGCGUAUUAUUUGUAAUAGCUUCUUUAGUUAGCAUUUUUAAAUCGCUAAAAUUAAUUCUUGCUAAAAAUAAAAUACCAGAUUUUAGGUAGAAAUCGCUAAAUUUGCAUCUCGCUAAAAUUUCCACUUAUAAAGUAUAUCUUUUCAAGUGGCUCAAAUUAAGCCAUAGCACAACUUUUGUGAUUACAAGGAGGAAAAUCUUCCAAAAAAUGAAUCUCUGAUAUCUUAUUUGAGGUAACUAGUCACAAUUCCUACAAUAUUGGCACUUUCCAUUUUUAAGAUGAGUCAUAUUUGUUUAGAAAAUUUACCUUCAAUAAAGGCUGUUUUCUGAUUUGUUUGGACUUCCAGUUGUAUACUUGAAAAGUAAGCUUUUUAGCCUGAAUAUUUUGAAACCUUGACUUUUGUCAUAAAAGGUUUAUGAACAGGAAAAGAACCUUGAAAAUAUGAAGAUGAUGAAUAAUGAAAAUGGCAAGAAAAGUUACGAAACUUCUCUGUUAUCAAUUUGAUGGAAUGUUUAAAGAAUUUUUAACUGCAUGCACAUGUAAAGGUUUUAUUUAUUAAAAUACACUUUUACAUGUACAGUGCUGUUUCAUUAAUGAAAAUAUUUUUUUAUAUAAUCAAUUUUGUAAUGAUUUUUGAAAAUGGAAAUACAUGUAUAUGUAUAAUUAUGAAAAGGUUCUUUGCUAAAAAUUGUUUAUUACAUGUUAGAUAAUUUAGUUCAAAAUUUAGAUACAAAGAGAAAUGUUAUGGUUAAUAUUUACAUGUACAAAAUGUAAAUUUAAGCCUGAAUAAUAUUACAAAAGAAAUUUCAAAUGAGAGAGGAGCCAUUCCUGAUAAUUCCCAGUCUGGAAUUUUUUGUCGGUAUAGAAAAAAAAUCAGGGCUAUGUAAUAAAAUAUUUAUUUUAGAUUUCAGUUCUUCAACAGACAGAACAUUACAUGUACCUUGUUCAGCAAAAUAUUUCAAAUAUUGAUGUGCAAUUAGUGAUUUAUGAUUAGAAGAAAUUGAUCUCAGGUAUUGAAGAUGUUCCAUUUAUGUUCAUUUGAACAGAUACUAUAAAUAGUAUCAUCCAAA